AUAGUUUUGAUACAACAGGUUAGAAUAGGGAAUCGCUGCAGAUGUGCCUAGUUUUCAAGAAGUAGGCCACUGCUGCAGGGGUUUUUGAGGUGCUAUAGUGUAAAGUUUAAUACAUAGGCACAUAAUAAUUGAAUUACAGAGGCUUAGUAUGAAAUAAUUCACAGCAUAAAAUGGAACCUUUUAAACCUUUUAAAAAAAAUAAUGAGAAAGGAUGUGCAGUGGACGCUGAAAAUGAUGCUAUGAAACUCGUUGCACACGAAUGUUAUUUUUAUUAAAGUUAUAAAAUGACCUUAUUAACUGAAAUAAAAGUAUGGCAGCAACGUGACGAAAGGAUGAUAUUAUUUUGGUCCACGGGAUCGAUCUGGUGUAGUCGAGUGGAAAAAUGGAUAUUGAUUUGGCAGCUUGGAUCUGUGUAAAGAAGAUUGACAUAUACAGCAAUAAUUACAAAAGUAAAAUGUACGUCCUUCCACAACUUUCUCGAUUGUAUCCUCCAAGGUAUUUGAUGAUGUAGCACAACGACGACAAAACGUCUGUGAAAUGCUGACCUUACUGUUUAUGCUAUGGUCCCUGAUACGAAACAUAACCAAAUCGGUGACUGGUAGGGUUACACCUCCCAAUAGUUUGACCCCAGAAGAAGGUGGAGUGAGUGGGAACAGUCUUGGAGAUCAGUCCGACUCGAUACUCAAGAUGGGACAGAAUGAGAAAAGAAUUGGAAUGUAUAAUGGUAUUUAUUCGGUAGUUAAAGAGAAACGAAAGAAAUCAGCAAGCCAAGCUCAAGAAGAAAAUGAUGACAGUAAAGAGAUUGAGGAGAUAUCGCAAUCGUAUACCCCUUCCCCAGAGCCAACAUAUUCUCCAACCCCCAGUCCGGAACUAGGAGAAUUUUUAAAAGGGACUCCGAUGCGAUACCCGAACACGAAAUCGACUCCACGGAUUCUACCCGAACGUCACUCGCUUCCAGCGAUAGCAGAAGAUACUCCGAAUCGAAAAGAAGAAGGUCUUCAGCUCGAUCCGCACAAGUUAGAAGGUUCAUUAGGAGGGCUCCUUUGAGCUAUGACAGAAGACGGACUACUGGAAGGUU